UUUGUGGUGACAUCUUUCUGUCAUUAAAUUUGACGUAAAAAAAUUGGAAAAUAUAUACCUAGUAUUUAAAUUCGUAGGGAGCAAGGCAAUCGCCAAUUUAGAUAAUUGUUACCAAAUGGCUGCUGCAAAAUUACAUGAAGAUAUUAACAAUAUUCCUUUAGCUGAUGAUGACCCACAAGUGAUUAUAAAUGAUGAGCCAGACCCCAAUUCUAUGUCGGAAGGGAAUUCUUCCAGCAUGAUUCACGGAAGAAGCAUGGAUUCCAUACAAUCAACUUUUACUAAUGGAAGCUCCAGUCCGCAGCACAAUAGUUUGGAACCCGAUACAAGCCCCGACGAGCAAGAAGAAAAGGCCCGUUUGAUAUCUCAAGUUCUUGAAUUGCAGAAUACUUUGGAUGAUCUCUCGCAACGGGUGGAUAGCGUGAAAGAGGAGAAUCUAAAAUUGAGAUCUGAAAAUCAAGUGCUCGGGCAGUAUAUAGAGAAUUUGAUGUCUGCCUCAAGUGUUUUCCAGUCGACUUCACCAAAGAUCAAGAAGAAGUGAAAGUACUGUUUUUAAAUAAGUUCACAGUGUUAUUUAUUGUAUUGUUUUAAAUGUUCCAAUUGUACAAUGUGCACUGUUGCUUUUUUUCACUAUGUUGCACCAAAGUUUGCACCAUAACAACUUCAGCCUGUGAUUUUUUGUGACCAGUGAGGAUCAUUUUUCCAUUAUUUUCAUAUUAAUUGUAGCUUAUAUAAAAUAUAGAUAGGUAUAUGAAUCUUGAGAAGUAAUUUAUAUAAAUUAUUUGUAGAUAAAAUGUGCUUAAAGUUGCCAUAAAUAAAGUGCUAAGAUUACC